AUGCGACGACCACGCCCCACUACGACGGAAAAGCCCACUACAAUCAACCCUAAGGUGAUCGACUCAUAUAAUGUAGACCUGGCUGUGAAGAAGACUCCUAUGGAUGUCGGCUAUGGCAAGCGAUUACGAGAUUCCAGGAUCAAGGAAUGCUUCAAAGAGGUACGUCCACUUCGCCCAAUGGAAGAGUCUCGAAUCACCAAGGCCUAUUCGCUAGAGCAGUGCACAGAUAUUUGCCGGCUUUGCUGGAGAUGCCUUCAUGGGAAGAAAUGUCUCGGAGUGGCUUUUGACAUAAGUCGUGAAUUGUGCGCGUUGUCUGCGAGUCAUAUUGUCGACGGUGGUGAUAUGCAAGACCUUGACGCCAUUGUUUAUCACAAUAGAAACGAUUGUUGA